AUGGGACGUUCCAGCAAGCAUGCUUUUGUCUCAAUCAUUGUCGUCUUGAUCAUUGGCUUCUUCCUAGCAGUGCUUUUCAUUUAUUGGUCCACGCCGGAACGUGACGACUACGUGCCGUACCUCCGACGUGGCCAUGCGCAUCAUAGUCACGACAUGCUGGAGCUGGCCGGCCCAGAACAGGAUGUGGGCACACACGAUCAUGUCAACGAAAACACCAGCAUUGCGGAGAAGCUGUACAGCGAGGUGCGCAUUCUCUGCUGGAUAAUGACGAGUCCCGCCAACCAUCAGAAGAAAGCGCGCCACGUGAAGCGCACCUGGGGCAAGCGUUGCAAUAAGUUGAUCUUCAUGAGCUCAGCCAAGGAUGAGGAGCUGGAUGCCGUGGCGCUGCCCAUCGGCGAGGGUCUCGAUAAUCUGUGGGGGAAAACAAAGGAAGCAUUUGAGUACAUCUACGAGCAUCACAUGAACGAUGCAGACUGGUUCCUCAAAGCAGACGAUGACACCUAUAUGAUUGUAGAGAAUUUGCGCUAUAUGCUAUAUCCCUACAAUCCCAACACGCCAGUCUAUUUUGGCUGCAAAUUCAAGCCGUAUGUCAAGCAAGGCUACAUGUCCGGUGGAGCUGGUUAUGUGCUUAGUCGCGAGGCUGUGCGUCGCUUCGUGGUCGAAGCUAUUCCCAAUCCGAAGCUGUGCAAGAAGGAAAACACUGGCCGCGAGGAUGUGGAAAUAGGCAAGUGCUUGGAGAACGUUAAGGUUCUGGCAGGCGAUUCCCGAGAUACCAAUGGGCGUGGUCGCUUCUUUGCUUUUGUGCCGGAGGAUCACUUGAUCGUGCAUGUGGACAAGGAAUACUGGUACUGGAAGUACAUCUAUUACAAAACCGAUGAGGGUCUAAACUGCUGUUCGGACAAUGCCAUCUCCUUUCAUUAUGUUUCACCCAAUGAAAUGUAUGUGCUGGACUAUUUAAUAUAUCAUCUGAGGCCAUAUGGUAUCGUGAAUACACCAGAUGCGCUACCCAACAAGCUGGGCCUGGGUGAACUGAUGCCAACUCCCAAAGAGCAAACGGAGCAAUAUGAGCAAGAGCAAGAAGAACCAGAGAGAUCUGAUACAGAUGGGACGCAAGAGGACGCGCAGUAACUGAUCACUCUAAUUGUAAAUAGAUCAUGUGAAAAUAUAAAUAAUAUUUAAAAUAA